AUGGCACGCUCACCUAACAAGGACGAUGCGGUCAUCAUCGUCGGGGCCGGCAUCUUUGGUCUCAGCACCGCGUUGCACCUGUCUCGCCGGGGAUACAAGAACGUCACCGUCUAUGACAAACAGCCCUACCACGAAAGUCUGUACUCGUAUUUUAAAGGCGCCGAUGGAGCCUCUGCAGACAUGAACAAAAUCAUCAGAUCUGCUUAUGGCGCACAAACGGAGUACCAAGGGUUGACCAUUGAGGCGCUAGAGGGCUGGACCGCUUGGAACGAGGAGCUGGCAAGCGGGAAGACAGUCCCACCCGGCCUAACCACCAACGACCGCGUAUUUGUCAAUAACGGCAACCUGUCACUCUCAGACUCAGCAGCCCUGCCGCAAUUCGAGCAGGACACCGUUGACAACAUGGAGGCAGCAGGGCAUCGAAAUACUCAACUGAUCACCAUUGAUGAGAAACAUCAAAAGAUCGCUGCUGAAAAAGGAUGGUCGUUCGGAAUGGACCCGUUCCGACGUUUGCAAAGAGGCCUCAAUGCGGCCGGCGUUCUCGACACGACGGGAGGCAUGGCCGUGGCUGACAAGGCCUGUCGUUUUGCGCUGCAUAAGGCAGGAGGUCAGGGCGUCAAGUUUGUGUUAGAUUCGCAAGCUGGUGCCCUUGUCUCGUUGAUUUACGAGGGGAAGAAGGUUGUCGGGAUCAACACCCGAGACGGCAAGGAGCACUAUGCGAAGCUGACUAUUCUGGCGUGUGGUGGCUGGACACCUUCUUUACUCCCAGCCAUGGACGGUCUGUGUGAGACGACGGCAGGAUCGGUGGUGCUGCUCAAAAUACCCCGUGAAUCGCCGUUGUUUACUCGUUUCGCACCCGAAAACUUCCCAACCUUCACUUACAAGGUGAGGGACGGCGCUGAAGGUGGUCUGUACGGGUUCCCUAGGGAUGAGAAUGGCUGGCUGAAGAUCGGCUAUCGCGGAACCAAAUACACAAACCCCGUCAAGCAAGCUGACGGCGAGGAACGCAGCGUACCCGUAACACGGUGGUCGAGUGCAUCGGCGCCUAGCGAUCCUAACGAAGCGACUAAUGAGCGCCUGACGACGAUUCCCCAGCAAGCUCUGAAAGUUUUGCGCUUAUUCUUGGCAGAGAAUCUCCCGGAGCUAGGCACCGAAGGCAUCGAUAUCUCUUUCACUAGAGUGUGUUGGUAUACGGACAGCUACGAUAAUCAUUUUGUGAUUGACCAUGUCCCCGACACCGAGGAGUCACUUAUGGUUGCGACUGGCGGGAGUGGACACGCGUUCAAGUAUCUUCCCAACAUUGGUAACUGGGUCGUAGAUGCAGUGGAAAAGAAGGGCCAAGACCAGAUUCCACCAAAGCUUUGGAAGUGGAGACAGAUUGGGAAGCAGGAGGAGCCGUAUAAUGUCUUAAUGAAAGGAAGCAAAGGCCCGACAGCUCUCGGCAACGUGCCUUUGGCUGCCGAGAUCGAGGUAUCUGGCAGUGUCAAAUCUAGGUUGUAG